CACGUGGUUGGAGAUUGAAAUUUUUUUGGAAUGUUAAAUGCAAGCUAAAACAAGAAUAUGCUAUUUUUGACUGUUAAUGGGAUAUUGCCAAGUUAUAUUUAUUUACGAAAGCUGUGAUGUUGCAUUAUAUUACCAAAAUACUUUAAUUAAGUAUCAGAAAGAGGAAAGAAGAAGAGAGAUUGGAUGUGCAAAUACAAACUGAUGAAAUUAUAUACUAUUUUUUCUUUCAAAAUCUCAAUUGAAACGCGUAUUUAAAAAGGGAUGUGGUAUGAGAGGCGUUUUGAAUAUUUUAAUGACUUAAUGUUUGUCAAGCUAUUAUCAUAAUUAGCUAACUACUAAUCUAUACCAACGGUUUUUACGUCACAACACUUCACUGUUUUUAUUAUCACUCUAGGGGAAAGUAAGAUAUGGUUGAAAUAAUUUAAAUAAAGUAACUCUGACCAACUCUGAACUGAAGAUACUAUAAUAUAGCAAACAAAAAGUUACAACAAACAAACUAAAUGUAUAAAUGGUAAAAGACUUCAAAGAUGACUAUAAAAGCUUUGCUGUUUAUGUUAUCAAUUGUGUAUAUGGUUAAAGGAAGUAAUGGAUUUUUAAAAGUUUGUGCCAAUAAUUUUACCGAUUCAUAUCAAGUUGUUAAAAAUGAGGGUAUCAAUACGGAAUGGUUCAAGUGGGGACAGUUGUAUUCAUACUGUAUGCAGUAUGAUUCAGCCACAAAGAACAUCACUUCAAACUUUGAUGCUGAUUGCAGUAGUACACAAUGUCAAAACUGCUUGAAAGUAUGCAAUUUACCGCUACCAUUCGAGUUAAGAAGUUGUGAAUCCAAAUGUACAUCAGAUGAGUGCAAGGAUGGAUGUCGGUUUUAUGCUCGCAUAAAGGAGGAUGAUACAAAUGGAAAUCCUAAUAAUUUGCCUAGUACAAAUUUCAAUGGUAUCAAAUUAUAUAAAAAAAAUGUGACUUCACUAAAUUUUAAAUGGCAGAUUGUGUCAUCAAAAAGCUCACCGGUGUUAUCAAGUUUAUACUUGGUUGUCCUAGUAGUUGAAACCAAUAAGCGCUAUGUAAAUGUGCUGGGUCUGAGCGCAAGUAAUGAGCAGAUAAUUGUAGCGGAUCACAUAUGUUCAUCAGUGACCAGCAUAUACCAAAAAUUUUAUCCAAAGAAAUACCAGCUUCAAGUUUAUCCUAUAAAUUACAAUGGAUUUGAUAAAAAGAAUUUUUUGAAUAGUAGUUUUACAGAACUGGUGUCUGGAAGUAAAGUACAGAAUCUUACCAUUGACCCUUAUCCAGAAUUUAUACAUGGUUCACUGAACUAUCUAAAAAAUAAGCUGAGUUGGAACAUUACUUGGAACCGUCCUGCAGAUUUGGAAAAGAAACAGUACAAGUAUGGUAAAUUUUAUGCAUAUUUAACAAAGUGCUCAGCUACUCCCUAUCCAGAAGAAGGAGAAAAAAAUGUAGAUACUUUACCAUUGCAAGUAUCAUUUGACACCACUAGUCAGGAUUCAUUGCAGGGUUGUACACUUGUAGUUGAGAUCAAAACAAUAAUUGGUUCAUGUAUAACUGGAGAUACUGCGAUAGGGCGUGUUGAAUACGAAGGGUGCCACAUGAUCAAGAAAUAUGGUUGCCAUCUGAUGCAGACAACUACAACUACAACUGCAAAACCCACUGAUCAACCAAUAUCCAACAGUGAAGUCCAACUUACAAAAUCUCAAGAAAAGUGCACUGCCCUUAUACAAACACAAUGUGGUGAUGAUUCAUGUUUAAAAUGCAGCAGUGCAGUGUUUAAUGUAGCUGUUGCAUGGAAAAAGCCUGUCACAUUAUCUCCUAUUCAACAUUAUGUAGUUAGAUGGGGAACUGGUGUUUAUUUUAACAAAAAUUUUCUCAUAAGGAAAGAAUUCAAUAAAACCAACAUUUCUCCGAGUACCACAACCUAUAUAAUACACGAUGUUCCUGUGGGAGACUUGAUUGUUCAGGUCUAUGCACAAACGUCAACACUUGGCAUAGGAAAAUCUCGAGGCUAUAGCGUUAUAAAAUUAAAAUUACCUGAAAAAAAAGUAUUUGUCGUAAACCAACCAGAUCAAUAUGAAACAGCUGAUGGUUUCUUAAGUUUGUGUUCAAACAAUUUUGUUACUAUGCCCAAAACGAAUCAAAUAAGCGAUGGAGAAAACGGUAUUAAAGAUGAUUGGUUUAAAUGGGGAAGAUUAUAUUCUUUUUGUAUGCAGUAUGACUUUGGCUCAAAAAAUAUAUCAACAUCAAUGUAUUCCAAAUGUGAAAGCAUAAAAUGUCGACAGUGUAUGAAGGCGUGUCAUAUUUCAUUGCCUUUUGAUGUUUCAAAAUGUUUUAAUGCUUGCAGUUCAGAUGAAUGCCAACAGGGAUGUACAUUUUACAACCAAACGAAUAAUAACAAUGUAUUGGCAACAGAUGGAUUCGUGAAUGCUAGUAUUACACCCCAUUAUUUGUCUCGCUAUGUCAACAUUGUUAAGAAGAAUAAAACUAGUGUCACUUUUAAAUGGCCAAGCAUAUCACCCGAAGGCUCAGCAAAGCUGCCCAGUGUAUAUUUAAUUGUUCUGGAAUCUAAUAAUACAUAUAAACCAGACUUAAAGAAUGUUUUAGGUCUUAUGACCAGAACUAUUCGAACCAUUACAUUGUCUAAUAUCUGCUCAAGUUAUCAGCUAUAUGGCAAAUUUCUGGACACUAUGUACAGCUUGCGCGUAUAUUCUAUCAAUUAUAAUGGUUAUGACAGAAGUGUAUUUUUACAAAGCAAUAUGACGAAAAUGAUACCCUUUAGCGCUGUACGCAGCCUAACAAUAAAUCCUGCACCACGUUACAUAAAAAGCAAGUCCCUGCUUGCACAAAGUAGGAUUGCUUGGAACAUUAGUUGGUUGCCACCACAAGAGGUUGAUUUACUUGGAAGUGUUGAUGUUAAAGUUAAAGUGGAAGUUGGCAUAGCUAAUUGUUCCAACCUGGAAAAUUUCCAAAGAUUGGUGCAAAGAGGAUUCAUUUUAAAUGAAUUUGAAACAUCUGUUAAUAAUACACAAGUGACAGUAUCACAAGCUAAUACUGACCAAGAUGAUUUAAAAUCAUGUUUGAUCGAAGUAAAGGUCAACACUCUUUAUGGAGGAUGUCUUUUAGGAGAUACAGCUGUCCAGUAUGUGAAGUAUGAAGGUUGCGAGACUGUACCAAAUUAUGAAUGUCCACCUUUACCAACAACACCAAAACCAACAGACCAACCAGUUACCAACAUAACCAUUAAAGUCCUAGAUAAAAGAUGUUCAAGACUCGUGUCGACACUCUGUUCAAAUGGUUUUGUAAAUGUGACAUGCUCCAAGUGUGAAAGUAUGUCGUAUGACAUUGGAAUUAUUUGGAGCAGGCCUUUCACAGCUUCUCCACUGCAAUAUUAUGUACUACGAUGGGGAGAAGGUCAUAAAAUUUCAGUACUUGUUCUUAUGAAAAGAGAAUUUGGUAGAAUAAACAUAGCUGCAGAAAAUACAAGUUAUGUCUUAAAAGAUGUUAAUGUUGAAACUGGUGGAUUAUUUUUUGCAGUUCAGAUUCAUCCUAAAACAAACACCAGUGGUGAUAUUACUGAUUUUAAACCUGGUUACACAACAUUGAAGCUAAAAGGACCUCCUCCGCCACAUGUUCCUUCCGCAUCUAAAUUCACAACAGAGGAUGGUUUCCUAAGAAUUUGUUCGAACGCCUUUUUAAAAACAAAAACUAAUCAAGUGAUCAGAAGAUCCAGUGAUGGACCUUUUAACAAUCAGUGGUUAGAGUGGGGACGGUUAUAUUCAUACUGUAUGCAGUACGAGACUGCUACGAAGAAUGUUUCGUCAAUACUUGAUGUGAACUGUGCUAAUCAAACUUGCAAAAAUUGUAUGACUGCUUGUAACGUUCCACAUCCAUUUGACUUGGAUGCUUGUAAAGGUUAUUGUAAUUCAAAUGAAUGUAUAUCUGGAUGCGACUUUUAUGCCAAAUUAAAAUCUCCAGUUCAAAGUUUAGCUGAUCCGUUGCAAGCCGACAAAAAGAAAACAGAAGGCAGUGUUUUCAUUACAGAACGAACUACCAGUACUGUGUCUUUUAGUUGGAGUGAUAUAGUAUCAGAUAGCAAUCCAAAGUUAUCCAGCGUGUAUUUACUGGAACUGCAUGUUAAUAAUUUUUUUUAUUCUGAUUUAAAGAACGUACUAGGUUUGAGCACACUAAGUGAAAGAAACAUAUCGUCUUCAAAUUUCUGUUCAAGUUUUGGAUUGUAUGGGAAAUUUGAUCAUGAAACAAAUUAUAAAUUGAGAGUAUACCCAAUCAACUAUCUAACAUCCAACAGAGACCAUUACAUUGAAAGUAAUUUUACAAUGAUGAAGCGAAUUGAUGUUAUAUACAAUCUAACUAUUAAUCCUAAACCAAUUGCAAUCAAAAACAAUGAUCCUCUGCUUCCUACUUAUAUACGCUGGACAAUAUCUUGGUCUGUCAACUCAUCUUCAAAUGUAAUGCUUUAUAAAAACUUCCACAAAAGUUUUGUUCUUCUAAAUUGCUCCAUUGAGGAAAAUCAAAGAACAAUGAUGUCGGUUUAUUUGGAAAACACUAUUGAAAAAAAUACGGAAAUUCCAUCUAAUGUACAUCACACCACAGUUGAUAUGCCUAACAAUGCUUAUGAUUCACUCCGAUCAUGUUUGAUCAGAGUCCGGAUCGCUUCACUGUACAACCAAUGUUUGCGUGGAGAUGAAGAAGUUUCUUAUGUGAGAUACGAAGGAUGCAACACAGUUGAUAACUUUGAUUGUGCAAAGAUAUCAACAACUACAGUCAAACCAACUAAUCAACCUUUCAGGGAUGAGAUGAUUAACAUCACUCACACUAAAGAAGAAUGUAUCAAUACAACUAGAGCACUUUGUUUUAAUGGUAAACAGAACGCCUCGUGUGAAAUCUGUACCACUUUGGCAUACCAUUUGCUUUUGCGAUGGCAGAAACCGAUCCUAGUCGAGCCUAUUAAGAGGUACCUUAUCCGCUGGGGAAAGGCGUCUUAUGUAGGAAGUCUGAAAGUACCUAUAUUAAAUGAGAAGGAUGAAUACAAUCGAGUCAAUGUAUCUGCUCAAGAAACUUCAUAUAACAUCACUGUUACAGUAAAGAAUUACGACAUUGACAUAGCUGUUCAGGUGUUUCCUAUCACCAAUUCUAACCGCAAACCCGCUCCAAUAACAUUUGAAGGAUAUACGCAGAUAUUACUCAAGGCUGCUGGGAAUCCAAUCAGCAUACAGCCGCCUCCUCCAGUGAUAGGUGAAGAUGACGAUAACACAGAAAAAAUCGUACUCGCUGUCUUGGUUCCACUUUUGUUAUUAGCACUGUGUUUCAUGGUGAUCAUGUAUUUCCGUCAUCACCAAAAACGCAAUAACCGACAUUUACAUGGAAUGUCAUUCUCCAAAGAGACUUUAGAAAUGUAUUUGAGUAAAGAAGAUACGGAAUUGGAUGAUUGGGAAAUCUUUCCUAUCAAUAUCACGUUGGAUGAAAAAAUCGGCGAAGGUGCAUUUGGUACUGUGUUUAGUGCAACAUUGGAUGCUAAAGUUUUGCUCAAAUCUCAUUAUGCCAAACAAAAUGGCAGCGAUUUAUUUCAGUCUAAAAAAGUGCCGACAUUUGCUGUCAAACUUCUGAAAGAGGGUGCUUCGCAAAUGGAAUAUAACGAUUUCAAGGAAGAGAUAUCGUUAAUGAAAGAGAUUGGCUUUCACCGAAAUAUCGUCAAUUUAAUUGGUUGCAGCACAGUUAACAAUCCACUUUGCUUGGUUGUAGAGUUUAUGGAACACGGUGAUUUGUUGCAUUACUUGAGAAAGAGGAGAACAAAGUUAUGCACAUCACAAUCUUCCGACUCUAGUCGCUCAUACGCUUAUAAUCAGAUGUUUCAAAGUUCUGAUCAGGAUCUGAACGAGAAAAACGAAUUUGUACCAAACUCAACAUUAUCCAGUGAUCCAGAUGAUCCUGAUAAAAUUACGGCUGACGAUCUUUUGUCAUUUGCAUGGCAGAUAUCUGCUGGGAUGGAAUAUCUUGCGCAAAAAAAUCUGGUACAUCGGGACUUAGCUGCUCGCAAUAUAUUAGUUGGCAGUGAUCGAAAGGUUAAAGUAUCGGAUUUUGGGUUAACAAGAGCGGUUAGCAACGAUUUGAUUUAUAUGAGUAACAAAAAUCGAAAGCUUCCUAUCAAAUGGAUGUCUGUUGAAGCUAUCUUCGAUCAAGUGUUUACCACUUUUAGUGACGUAUGGGCAUAUGGAAUUGUUCUGUUUGAAAUCGUUACUUUGGGUGGCACCCCUUACCCGUCCAUUAGCAACCGUGAGUUACUUGGGAUGCUGAAAUCGGGAUAUCGGAUGGAGAAACCGGAAAAUUGUGCAGACGCCAUGUAUGAUGUAAUGCUGCACUGCUGGAACGAGGAUCCAUUGCAACGGCCGUCCUUCACAGAAUUACGUGAACAUCUGGAAAGUGUUUUAAACGAAGGUGAUCAUUACUUUAGUUUCGACAUCAAUCAAGAAGACACGUAUUAUAACGUUGCAUCUUUUAAAAGUGUUCCCUCUGAUGAUGAGGAGGAGAAUAAGGUUUUUGAUGAGGAGUUCAUGCAGAAGCCCAUUCAGAUAAAAACUGCGAAGGAGUUGAAAAAACAACAGGAAGGAGAAAACGAUGCCAAUACCAAGUUACCACAUGACGAUACAAACCCCGAGAAGCGAAAUGAUACGAGAUAUAUCGAACUGCAAUCUGUGAAAACACCUGAGAAAAAUUCUAAUGUGUAUGUUAAUUCAGCGUUCGAUACUGCCGAUCUUGUGUUAUAAUUUUGUUUUAUUGUAAGUGUAAAUUGCGCAUGCGUGCAGGCACGUUUUAAUACCACGCAAAUUUGUAUAUAUAUAAGGUUGACACUGUUGUAUUUAAUGUGAAACACUUGUUUUAUGUUACCACUUAUAUCAAUAUUUCGUUUUAUCGCAAACUUAAGCCGGGGAAUAAUGUUCGUGGCUAAUUAUGUCUAUAGUUAUAAUUUUUUAGAUAAUAUUUUUUACUUAAUUUUUGUGAAUAGGCCCUUUACAACUUUAAAUUAAUUUAACUUCAAUUUUUUUCCAGUUUGUGCAUUCUAAAUAUAAAAAUAAAAAAGAGUUCCAGAAAUCCUUUAUAAUCGAUACCUCUUGAUAAUGUGCUCUGUUGUUAAUUGCAGUACUUUGCAAUCUUAAAGCACUGGCUAAAAAAAGAGGAAUUUUAAAAACCAUCAUUUCCUUCAUUGCUAAUGCUUCUUUUUUUUUAAUUUUUAUCCUUUUUAAAAGAUGAGCUGUGUUUGUUGUAUUAAGGGAAUAUCGAGUACACAAUUAAAUUGUAUUUUAAAAAAUAAUAUUUAAUUAAAUUUCAUGUUGAAUUAUACGGGUAAUGUUAUAGCCUACUUGUAGACCUGCUCUGCUCCGUUAUGAUCUAUCUUUUUUGCUAAACUUAUAUCCGUAAAAUAUCAUUUGUUGUUUUUUGCUCAGUCAGCAUUUUUACAACUUGUCGUCUUUUUGAAAAUAUUCAUAUACUGAGAAUAAUGGAGUUUUUCUAACAGUCAAACAAAGUCCUGAAAAAUGGAAUUGCCUUUUUGAAAAACAUAAAAUCAAAAGUUCGUUAAGUAGAAGCGCAGCGGAGUUGCUCUACGGGUAGCUAAAGCUUGGUUUUCAUUAAAGCAAAAAGUGUUCAGCAACAGUUCGGUUUCACGAAA